UUCAUAUGGACAUUGCUCAUCACGACAGGCUGCGAUCGGCUGGGAAGUAUUUCCCGCCACACGGAUUACAGGAGUUGACCUGCAAGGCUCCGUGAGACUUUUCUAUAACGGCAGCCUGCAGGCUUGAUCCUAGAAGAGGGGGGCGGUAGAGCAACACGGGGGAACGAAGAGGAGGGAGAUUAGGAAGAGGCGGCGGACAAGCCUUCACCGCUCAAGCCUCUCUUGGGCUUGGCCUAAACGUGCUGCCUUGGCACCUGCACGGUCACAGCGUCUCCGCUGCAGUCCCCUACAUAGGCCCAGGGCGUCCAGCACCGGGGGCGGCAAAGAGGUGAACUCCCACGUGCGCGGCCCAGGUGGGGGCCAGGGGACGUGUUGAAAGAAAGAGAAAAACACACAAAGAAGAAUAGCAAGAAGAAACACACAGAGACCUGGAAGAGGGUGGAACACCAGUGGAGGCGGUGCCAUGGAUCUCACCGCCGCCCCCAAUCAGCUAAGGGCUAAGGGAUCAUCCAGGGCCUGAAGCCUUCGGCCUACCGUACAUCCUUCAACGAGCGCCCCCGCUUUAUGGGAUCGCCCCAAAAACAGCUGGUCGAAUCAUCCGGGCGUGAGGGGCAGGCGCUGACGGCCCGCGCGGCCAAAGCGCCUCAGGCCUCCAAGCGCCCGCCACACGCGUCGAGGCAGGCCCCGUGCGUCCACCGGGCCUCAGCCUCCACGCCUCGUCGCCGCAGAGCCUCGCCACCGUGAGCGCCGCGUCCGUGUGCGCCAGCGCCUCCCUCGCGCUGCCGGCGAUGCUGCUCAGCGCGCUGCGGGCCAGCAGCGCGCGGGCCUCGCCGUGGCGGCUGCCGAGCCCGCGGAAGAGCGCGGCCGCGCGCUCCGCGGACGCCGCCAGCGCCGCCGUAGUCCCCGCGCCGCAUCAGGGCCUCCGUCUGCCAGUACAGCGCCUGCGCCAGGCGCCCCGCGUCGCCCCCGCGCUCCGCCGCCCGGACCGUCUCCGCUGCGGCGGCCGCCAGCUCGCCGCCGCUCUCGGCGCCGCUGGAGGCUGCGCUGCUGCCACCCGCGUCACUCAAGCCGUCCGGCGCCUCCGCCGCCCUGGUUGACUCGGUCAGCGUCUUGCACACGAGCGGGCUGGCCUCCUCGACGGAUGAUCUCCAGCCUCCAAUUCGAUGCUCUCGUGCACGUCCACAUGGCAGACAUCAAAGUGAGCCAUGAGGCCCAGCGCGCUGGUCGCUUUGGCCAGGGCGCACGACUGCUGUGAGGGCUUGAGCCUCUUGACACU